GAGAUCACUGCUAUGUGUAGCAACUUAUCCAAGUGGAAGAAAGUUGCCCCCUGACAGUUCAUACGAAAGUUCUUAAGGAGACGUCCUACAGAUUCUGGCCCACGGACUACAUGUAUAUAUAGCCUCAGUCUGUGACAUCAGAACUGCAAUGAAUGCUGGGAGGAGUAGUUUGUUAGUCUUAACCUGUAAAAUUUCCCCAACUCCACUGACAAGUAAAUUUUCCAUGGGGAUUCACCGGCUCAAUGCACAUCAAGGUGGCUAUUAUCUGGGCAGCUAACAAUGGCUCAGUCUGGGUCUAUACAACAUGGAGCAACAGCAUAACGACACUAAAUAAGUUAUGAGAAUUAUCAACACAAAGUCUCACCUCACAAUUAUUUAAUUUGUAAGGAAUGAACAUGUGUAACCCCUGAACCAUUACUUAUCUACAGGUUAGUAAACCUGUUUAUUGGUUGAAAAAAAAACAGCAAGAGCAAGUUAAUUAAUGUAAAAACAUUCUAAAGGAAAACACAACGCAAGCUCUAACCUAGUGCUUCACAUCAUAACACUUAAGAACGUAUUAAUAUUGUUUUACAUUGUGACAUUUUGUAAAUCCUAAUCAAUAACCUAUUGUUGAAAAAUAUUGUAUUCCAUUGUCUAUAUUGUCUUAUCACAGAGGAUUUUGGCGUUAGGACUGGGGCCCACCUUUCAGGGGCUAAGCGGCAGAUACACUCUGGACAGGCCACCAGUACAUUGCAGGGAAAACAUGAAAACUAAAUGGAGAGAAAGGCCCAGCCUGGGAUGAUAAAAUGCAAAUAGCAGUUACAAUUAAAAAAAAAAAUACAUAUCCUUGAAUUGUACCCAAAUAUAUUUGUACCCAAAAUUGUACCCAAAAAAUGAAAGACAUGGAUUAGUUUGUUCACACGUUAGUCUUUGCAAACUCACUAGCUUUACAGUAGAAGAGAGUUUUACCGAUUCUUGGUGUAAUAAUUUCUAAAAUCCUAUAAAACCGGUCCAAUAUUUAAUGUGUGGGCGGGCACUGCUGAACAUUCUGAUGUCACAGGGUAACGUGACAUCAGAUGCCUCUGGAACUUUAGUCAUUAAGGAAGCACUCCACUCAGAAUUCUCACACUUCUACCAGUUGAGCUCAAAGAGAGACAAACGUUGGAAAAACUGAAGCAAGACUAACUUAAAUCAGCUAAACACAAUGAGCUACGGCAAAUAUAUGUUGAGAAGAAGCCUCCGCCUGCUAUUGAACGGGUACUACAGCUUUGAUGGAGUACCGACUGUUUCAUACAAAGAGACCAGAGUCAGGAGAUGCAGAAGUCGGCGGCUAUUAAACGCAAGAACAACAGCAGUCCCUGCAGAAGACGGCAGCGGCAAUAUAAAUCAGAAAAACUACACACUGAAAACAUUUUGUUGGAUCAUCAUCAUCUUCUUUUCCCUGUUUUAUGGAUGUGCCUACCUGUUUUCUGCUCUGCCCUCACAACCUUCAGAGACACUUGUUACACCAAAUGCAACGGACAUGGUCUUAACCCCAGGAUGCAAGGAUCUGGAAAAGCUUAUAGCCAACCAGCAUGAAGUGCUGCUGAGGAUAAAGAAAGAGGUGGACUACCUUCUACCACCAGCAGAUCUGUUGCCCAACUUUGCUCUGCAAUCUCAAGGAGCGAGGAUUUUACACCAAAUGACCUCAGACACGUAUCAGAGCAGAGAAACGUGUAGUUUGUAUGGAUUAGCAAUACGACGACCAGCUGUGGGACCAACGAUUGUAAUCCAGGGAAAGUCCCACCUGCUUCCAGGACAAUGCUGGGCCUUUGCAGGUUCCCAAGGACGUUUAUCAAUUGCCCUGCCUUACAAAGUUUCCAUAAGCCAUGUCACCCUGGCUCACAUUCCCAAAAUGUUAUCACCGACUGGCACCAUCCCCAGCGCUCCAAAAGAGUUUUCUGUCUUUGGAAAGAAUGAUUUGCUAGACGAGGGGAGCCUUUUAGGAACUUUUCUCUAUAAUGAGGAUGGAGACCGGCUGCAAACCUUCAAACUCCCUGUUCAUAAAAUGGGUGCCUUCACCUACAUAACUUUACAAGUGAAGAGCAAUUGGGGCCAUUCUGAGUACACCUGUCUCUAUGGCUUUCGGGUACAUGGAAAAUUGGAGGAAUGAACAGAAGGACAAAAGAGUAGGAAAGGGGAUAAUCACAGGGUAGUAAGUAAAAAUGGGGGUAAGUAUAUGUGAAGGUGAAUCAGACUGAAAAAAAAAAUUAAGUAAAAAAAAAAAAAUCCUAUUAAAAUAUAUUACUAGAAUUAUUUAAAGCUGUGAAAGUUGUUUUGAAAAUAUCUGCAAAUGUGUUUAUUUUGUUUAAAAAAAUGCUUAAAAUAUUAAGUGGGCCAGAGUUGAGUUUAAACUAGAUGAGAAGAGGUGAAUAAAUUGGGGGAGGGGGUGUGGUGUGUACAUUAGUGCCUCCUACUGAUUAGGAAAAGAAAUACGGCAAGUUUGUGGGUUGAUCAAUUAGCUGUUUGGAAACCAUGGUCUAAGCUUUAGACUACCAUUGUAUACAAGGCACUUGUAGGUACUUUCUUCUGCAAGUUUAACAGCAAAUAUUUUUAAAAAUGUUCAGUCUAAUUCACCUUCACUUUAACAGCAGAGUGUGGAAUAUUUUUGUGCAGAGUUUGCAUGUUUUCUCUGUGUUUGCAUGGGUUUUCUCCAGGUGCUCUGGUUUCCUCCCACACCAAACAUGCACUAAGGUCAUUAAAAAAAAUCCAUAAAUGCCAAUGAGAAAGUUUUGUUAAAACCUUAGUUAUAAAAUGGGAUAAGCAUCAAAUAACAAAAAAAA